AUGGCGAAGUGUUAAAGUAAACAGCGUAAAAGUUUUUAUAUUUUUCUAAUUAAUGAAGGAUGUUUCGCGUUAAAAAUGACAAUUUGUAUUUUGGAAUAAUGUCUAGUUAAUGCGUUUUAUUUAGAGUUCAUUCUGUGCAAGUGUGUGAGGAUGGACUGCGUUGCAACUGGAGGAAACGUCAAAGUGCUGGCCAAAGCAAUCCACUCCCUGUCAAGGAUUGGAGAGGAACUUUACUUGGAGCCCACUGACGAUGGGCUCACUCUGCGUGCAGUAAACUCAUCCCGGUCAGCAUUUGCCUACUUCCUGAUGUCUCCGCUCUUCUUCCAGAAGUACCAGGCUCCUCCAGACCAAACCUUCCGCUGUAAAAUGCCAAUCAAGAGUGUACAGACGGUGUUCAGGUCUCUGUCGUCUCUCGAGCGCUCUGUGGAGAAGUGCCGAAUCGAGAUGAACACAGAUAAGAGUCGCCUGAGAAUCACGCUGCACUGCAAAUAUGGGCUUUUAAAGACACACAACCUAUCCUUUCAGGACUGCGAGUGCUUGCAAGCAGUGUUUGACAAAGACAACUGCACCAACAUACUCCGAGCCCAACCCAGGUUGUGGGUAGAUACAGUUCUGCAUUUCCCCCCCUCUCUGGAGGAAGUGUGUGUAUCAGUAAGCGACGAUCGAGUUUGGCUCAGGAACCAUGUAGAAGACGCUGCAGACUCCUCCUCCAAAGCCAUGAUGACCGAGUUGUGUUUGAGCUCAGAAGAGUUUGAUCAUUUUGCUAUUAACUCUCAGACCAGCAUCACCUUUUGCCUCAAAGAGCUCAGGGGUUUGUUGGUCUUUGCUGAGACGGCAGGUCUGCCCAUAUCCAUGUACUUUAAUGACCCGGGCAGCCCGGUUGUCCUGAGUGUCUCCGACAGCGUCUUAGAGGCAAACUUCGUUCUCGCUACUCUCUCUGAAGAGGCACACCAACGCAACCCCAAUAACAACAAAGCCGAUGAGUCUCGAGUUGAGCUCGCACCAGAUGACUUUAUGUGCGACGACAUCGACUCGUAUCUCAUCGCCAUGGAGACCAGCGACCUAGCUGGGCCAUCUCACCAACCUCAACCUCAACCUCAGACUUCCUCAACCAACCACAAAAGCCGAUUGCUUGACGACGAUGAUGAGGAGGAAGAGGAGGAGUCAGUGGAGAGACCGCCCAAUAAAAAGUUUUGCUCGCUUUUCUUUGGUUCCGUACUGCCGGCUUCCUCUCAGCCGACCAAUCAGACGAUGCGGAACCAGGAAGUGCUCGCCAGCGACAGCGAGGAUGAGAGACAGUCAGAAUGAACACUGUAGCAUUGAGGACAAUGAGAGGGAAACAAGACAAGAGAAAUGACAAACGGACAAUUUACUCCGACAUCGUGUAACAGGACGUGUGUCCAGAUGGGAAAUCUUUUUAAUGUUAAUUCAAAGAAUGUUUUUUGUUUGUUUGUUUGUUUUUUUAAGUUGAAUCAUUGGUGAAGCGGUCAAAUACAGACGUGUCACGUGCAAAUCAUUGUACUGCAUCAACAUUUAAAAAGUUCAAACUCUUUAUACUUGUGUAUUGAGUAAAUUCACUCAUACUCAAGGUUGGUAAAGAAUAGACAAUGUCACCUCUGACAUCCUGUGGUAAUCUCAGUCAACCUAUAAUUGAGUUCCUUAUCUUCACAUGGCUGAUUUUGAUCUGUAUACCAAGCGGUCAUGACCAGAGAAACAUCACUGGCUUAGAAUGUAACUGGGUAAUUUCAUUAAAUUAAGUGUUUGAUAAAAUAACUAUUAUUUAUAACCCUGUAUUCCUGGUUUCUUACUCUGUCUGUUCAGAGAGUGUUGAUUAAUUUUCCCUAACAGCAGCCCUCACAGCAGUUUCAGCUCAAAUCGGUUGUUUAUACAUUAAUGCAUUUCUUGUAAUAUAUUAUAACAGGACUGCAUACUUAUUCACAUGGACUCUUCACAAAGAUGAUUAUAAAAUAGCAACACAACUGUAAAACUGUAAAGCUUCUUUAACAUUUAUGAAGGAGUCUCCAGUGUCAGUGUUACAGUACUUUCUUUCCUCGGUAGAGGUUUUUUUAGCAUGAAGGAUGCUCAGUAAAAUAAAAAUCUGUGGAGUUUUUGUCA